AUGAACGCUAUCCAACGACACGAACUUUAUGUACUCGAGGAGGGCGAAGAAUGGGUAAUGGUUACAGAGGACACCAAGAUCCCCAACGCAGCAACGAUAAAAAUCCGUAAACAGGAUCAUACACUCGGGAACAUGCUCAGGCAUCAACUCCUAGCAAACCAAUCAGUCCUCUUCGCAGGCUACAGAGUCCCACACCCUCUCCAACCCUACUUCCUCCUUAAAAUCCAAACAGAUGGUACGAUCACACCAAGUCAAGCUCUCGAAAAGGCUUCAACGGAUUUGAUUGGUACGCUUACUACGCUUGAGACGAAGUUCCGUAGGGAGUUUCAGUAUCGUGAUUUGGAGAGGGCGGAUAACGCUACUGCUGCUGCUACUGUUGGUGGUGGUGUGGGUGGAUUAGGAAUGGGUGGUGGUGUUGGUGGAGGGGGAGGGGACGUGGGGAUGGAUGCGAGCGGUGGUGUGUAUGGAGAGGGGACUGCUUGGUCGAGUAAUGCGUAUUUGGAUAUUGAUGGUUGAUUUUUGGUGUGUUCUGUUGGAUCAUUGUGCUCAUACAUUCUAUACUUUUUGCAUUGUAUCAUUAUGGCAAAAGCAUGUAUUUUCUUCGUGGCGAAUUAUCUUACAAC